AUACAUCUGCCGUCAUUGCCUACGGUUAAACUACAUACAAUGCAGAUAGCAGUCCAGUGAGUCAGAGGAAAGCGGGGCUGGCGUCGCUGAGGCUGGGGUUGUGAAACACUCGGGUUCCUUCGUGAAUCCGAGGAGACACGAAGCAUUAAACUCGUCCCACGACCUCGCAGAGCCCCACCAUUGGCUGCAACCGUUCAUCCGCCGGGGAAGGGAGGCGGGGCCCAGCUUGUUGAAUGACGGCCAGAGCUGUGGUUGACACUAAAGGCACAAGGCAGCCUCUGCGACCCACACGGGCCUAACUAUUUCACAUUUCCACAGUGUGGAGGCAUCAGAUGAAAGAGGAGGAGCGUCCGGUCAUUGCUUUUAACAUCGGGGGAUGUUGCUCUACAGGACGAUACGGCGUCGAGGCUGAGCGGACGUUUUCACAGGUUGAUGAUCCGCAUUUGGCACCGAGCACAGGGAAGCCCUCAAAAGUAUAUACAUGGUUUCAGUCUCUGUUAGCUGUUCCUAGAAAGACGAGGUUGUAUUAAAAUAAGAAAAAUACGCGGUGCCAUCUAAUUACUGGAAAAAUACAGACCUGCGACCAGUAUGACACAUUUAACGCUUGCAGGUUGGGGUAUAUUUGCUGAAGUUGACGCUCUGACUUGGGCUACAAGCAGCGUGUAGGGGGGCUUGGCUGUCAGUAAAGGACCGUAUGUCUUACACAUUUUGACAGAUAGCCAAUCAAAUCUGCUAUUCAAAUCGGUGCUCUUAUGUCAGUGACCUAUAUCUCAUGCAUGUGCACCAAGAGCCCGCAGUAACCCCUCCACCAGACCACUCAGCAUGGGUAUCAACGGGUAAUCAAGAGCAGACGCCCAGCAGAGAGUCCGAGACAGAGCAGCCGGCUGCAGAUCCUCAGAUGGAGCAGCGAGAUGCUCCCCAGGAAGCAGAGGGGAGGAAAGAUGAGCAGGCAGCGGGCAGCGAGUGUAAAAUCGCGCCAGAGGACAGCACCGUGCAGCUGAUCGAGGCCGGGUGCAAGCCGCCCCUCUCCCCGGCUUCUGAUGCCGAGUCGGGGGUCCAGGUGGAGAGGCACGGCCAAGGAGCCGGAUUCGCCCCGCCCGAAGGAGGUUUCGGCUGGCUGGUGGUUUUUGCAGCAACCUGGUGCAAUGGAUCGAUAUUCGGGAUUCAAAACUCUUUCGGCAUCCUGCACUUGAUGCUGGUGCAGGAGCAUGCAGACCCAGACGAUGAGAGGUCUCAGUUCAAAGUGGCCUGGGUCGGGGCUCUGGCCAUGGGGAUGAUCUUCCUCUGUUCACCCGUGGUCAGCAUUUUCACAGACCGCUUCGGCUGCAGGAAGACAGCCGUCAGUGGGGCGUUUGUGGCUUUCAUAGGGCUACUUAGUACAUCCUUUGCUAACUCCCUGGGCCUUCGCUAUUUCACAUAUGGCAUACUGUUCGGCUGUGGCUCCUCAUUCGCCUUCCAGCCCUCAUUGGUCAUCCUUGGCCACUACUUCCGCCAGCGCCUGGGCCUGGCCAAUGGCGUGGUGACGGCAGGUGCCAGCCUCUUCUCCAUGGGUCUCCCUGUUUUGCUUGACAAGGUGUCGAAGCCACUGGGCCUCAGCGGCACCUUCCAGAUUCUAAGCAUCUUUAUGCUUGUCCAGGCCCUGCUGGCGUUAAUGUUCAAACCUUUACUACCUGCUGGAGGAGGCAUGGGACCGCCAGGCAUGGGUCCUGGCCCUGCUGAACCCCAAACCCAGCCAGGGGCCACUGCACAGGACAGGAGCAGGUGGAGCAAGGACUUGGCUGAACUCAAAAAGUACUUCAACCUGCGAGUGUUUCACAUCAUCACAUACCGGGUGUGGGCAUUUGGAGUUGCCACAGCUGUACUGGGUUACUUUGUGCCAUAUGUCCAUCUGAUGAACUUUGUGAAGGAGCAGUUCAAGGGUACCCAGAAAGAAUGGGUGCUGCUUGUGUGCAUAGGAGCUUCAUCUGGGGUGGGACGCCUCGCUUUCGGCAAGAUCGGUGACCUCAUUCCUGGUCUUUACAAAAUCUACAUGCAGGUGGUGUCCUUCAUGGCUCUGGGACUGAUGUCCAUAAUGAUUCCUCAGUGUUCGGUGUUCGAGGGGCUCGUGGUUGUGUGUGUGUUCCUGGGGCUGUGUGAUGGUUGCUUCCUCACCAUGAUGGCUCCCAUAGCGUUUGAGCUGGUGGGGCCAAUGCAGGCCUCGCAGGCCAUAGGCUACCUUCUAGGCCUCAUGGCUUUUCCCAUGACAGCAGGUCCACCAAUCGCUGGUCUCCUACGUGAUUACUUUGGAAACUACAAGGUGGCCUUCUCUCUGGCUGGGGUGCCUCCUAUGGUAGGGGGCAUGGUGCUGUUCUUUGUGCCCCUGAUACACUGCAGGCUCCAGCGAGGCCAGGCAGCAUCGGAAGAAACGUCCACGACUGCCCAUAUGUUGUCCACUGGCCAAACAUCGGGGGAGCCCAAGAGCUGCUCCAACGGAGACAUCCUGCCUGGCUAUACUGACGUAGAGACACACAUCUGAGUCGCUGCAUACAAAGGGAUUCAGCCCACCAGCACCUUUUCUCAUCCUUAGAUUGCCCUCCAACUGUGGACUUCCUGUUGGCUGACCUUUAACCUCUCACCCUCCUGGACCCACAAAUGUAUGUUUGUUAUUUUGAUGUGGAGCAAAAUUGAAAAGGGCGCACUGGUGGAAGCCACAGAGAGGAUGACAAGAAGGCACACAGUGUAAGCUUAUGGAAAUGAUUGAGGAGGAUAAGCACAACACAGUCUCAACUGGGAUAAUUUAAUCAAUGGGGACUCUGUAGUAACACAUAUCUCCAAGAGGAAAGACAUGAAGAAAUUUUAACCAACAGUGGUAGUUUAUAAUUUCACAGCUUUUAUCUUGCUACCUUAGCUUUCUGAAGCUGUAAAAUAUUACUAUGUUUUGUUUUAGAUUUCAUACAAGAUGAUGUUAGGAUAAAGAGGCAUACAAAAUAAGAAAUAGUGAAAGAAUGCAUUCACACAUUCACUUCUUUGUUCUAUUCAACUCUAAUCUACUGCCUGCAUUUUCUGCCAUGACACUACACAUCUGUUUGCAAAUGUUACAGGAGGUAACAGACAAUCCUCCUCAGACAUCAACCACCAGACACAAUCACCUCAACUCAACUGCACACUGUGCAACACUGUACUCACAGCCAGGGUUCCAAACCCAUAGCAAAAUAGUUUCAGCUACUUAACUAGCCUUCCUGCAUGAGAGACAGAUGUGUGACUGUGGCAGCUGUUGAUGACUUUGUCUAAUCUGAAUCUGAUUCACCCUGGAGUGUUUUUUUUAAUUUUUUUUUAAGUGGUUUUCAGUGAUUUUGCAGCUUUUUGCAGUCAAAAUAAGUAGUGGUGAGUCAUGAGGGCAAUGUAAUUCAUGUGAAUUAAUGAAACUUUAUAGUUGAUACAAGGUCUUUUUGUGAGCCUUAAAUUUCAGCUUCUUUCUCUUCUGUGUCAAACUGCUUGUUAUGGCUUUGAAAACACUACUACCUUUUGUGCAGUGUGCAUUCUGUAUACUCAUUCAAGUGGAAAAAGUUGGAAUCAUGUGACAAGAGAUUGGCGGCUUUUUAAACACUCUGAAAAGGUUUUUUUACAUUUUAAUUGGACCUUUUUUCUUUUGUGUGAAUGUGUGUAUGUGUGUGUGUGUGUGUGCGUGUGUUUAUGUGUGUUUGUAUGUGUGCGGCACCUUUUCAUCCACAUUUUCGAUAACAGAGGCAGUUUUGUAAUAUGAAGCCUCUAUGUUACAACCUGUUGAUGCUGUUGAAGCUGCCAAGUCUCACAGAUAAUCCAGUCAGGCCGAUGAUUUGCUGCUUUAGUUCAGUCUCGUCGUGAGGGCGUCACAAUCAAAACUUUGCGGCCUCGUUGAGAUAUUCCCUCAAGAGGACGGUUUGCAGUUACCGUUAAGUUUCAUACACGUUUGGACCGCUUACCUCUGCACUCUUAGAUUACAAGUCCUGUUGAACAAUCGACUGUAAUGAACAGAUGUGAAGUAGAGCUGCAAUAAUUGUUUGUUUGCAUUAUACUCUGUAAUGAUUUUAUUCAUAACUGGCUGGUAGAGUAGAGGGUAUUGGGACACAGUAAAGGAAGGAAAUGCCCUUGGAUGACAGUUCACUCAUAAUGAGUCCAGGUGGUUUUCCUCUCUGUCAGAUUCUUCUCCCCCUUUCACUCCCCCAAUCAGCUUCUGUGUUACAAUACUUUACAAACUAAAAGCUACACAAACCUCACUGCUGAAGGUAGUUUUUGGGACGUAAUGCCAUAGGACAAACCAUAGGACCAGUAGUACACCUGCAGUAUACCUCAUUAAUCAAACAAUCCUCAGCAAUCCAGUUGAACACAACGACAUUCAUUAUACUUUAUGUUCCCGCUGCUCUGUGUAGUGGCUUGUUAAUGCAGUCGGAUUCAGGUCUUUAGAACCUCAAAGCUGCCAAACAUCUGUUUUAAAAAAAAAAAUCCACCUUGCUUCCUCCAUAACCUCAUUCAGUGUCUGUUUAGGUUCAAUGAAAGUGCGGAAAUGUCAAACAAACGUCCAUCAUAGAGCAGUUGGUGUGUAAUCAGUUUAUAGACUUAUCCUUCUUCCUUAUUUUGCCUUCAUGUCCUUUUGCUCUGUUGUUCUUGAUCCUCACCAUUCCUGCUCUCUGUCACUUUACCUGCACAUUUACUAGGUAUCAAUAGUUUCUCUUUUAUCAUUGAAGAAAUGCAGUUACAUAAAUGCCUCAUAUCCAUGAUUAAACAACCAUAAGCAGUGGAGACCCAUAGAAAGGUAUAAAAAAAACAUCAGUUCCUAAUUUGACUGAGGUAGUGUUCAAUUUGAUUGGCUAAUUAUAGUCAAAAUAUGAUAUAAAAAAGAAAAAAGAUAGGUGCAAUUAAAAAGUAUGGGCUGCGUGAGCUGUUCGUGUAUCAGGAAUAUAAGCUAGUGAUAUCAUGAACCUCAUCACAGUAAAGCAUAAUGUUUAUUUUUGAGAAGCCAUCCACCACCAAGCAAAUCAAAAUCUCAAAAAGAAUAUAUAUUUGCAGUAUUUUCUAUUUUAUUUUGCUUUAUUCUCCUGCAUAAUGAUAAACUGUGAAAUGUAUUGCAGCUUAAAGUGUAUUUCUGUGUUAUGAAGGCUGCAGAAGAUAGCAGCGAACAGUAGAACUGCAUGAAACAUGUAAUUUUACUCACCAUGAGCACUGGACUGCAUCAACUAACAAUGUAAAGAAAAGGGCCGGGUGUUAUUGACCGAUCUCACCAGUUUACUGCUGUCAAACUUGAGGCAUAUGUCACUUAAGUACCUGAAUCUCGCAAAUGAAAUAGUGGAGGACCCCGAUGUUAUGGUUAACAGCAGCUGUAAAAGGCUGAUAGUGUUUCUAUGCACAAGACGAAUGCGUCUCAACAACAUUUUAAUGGAAUUGUGAUAAAAAAUAUUGACUGUGAAUUUGUUUUCCUUUUUUAUGUUGAAUAUGUUGUCUCAUUGUUACAGUAGCUAGCAGCUUUCCUGUUACUUUUAUUUGUCCUUUUAAUGAAAAGACAAGGACUAAAAGCAAGACAGCAGCAGUAACCUCAAUCUGAAAAACAAAUCUGCCUUAUCAGACCAGACUGAAAAGCAUUACUGAAUUUUCCCAACUGCGAUACAAUCCUCCACUGGACCUCUGCGACAGCAUCUUAGCUCGUUGCUAUAUUUGACACACAACUACAAAGCCUGUUUUGUGUAUUUUCCAGAUCUUAACGUGACUUUUUAUUCAUUUUUUUCCUUUAAAAAAUUUUUUUUUUAUUGUUGUUUUCAGUGUAGAUGCUUGUCAGUCGUGGAUCAAUAUUAACAACCUCCUCACUUGAUUUCACCUGAGUCAACUUCACUUAUAUUUACCCACCCAUUUUCUGGUCAGAACCAGCUGAGGUGGUUAUUAUGCUACUGUAGAUUCAAAUAGAGGAAACUGACAUGUAUCAACAUACUGUAUGUACUUUAUAUACUUUUGUAAUGGUUUUUAAUUAACCAUAAGCUGUUGUAUUGUUUUAGUUUGUUUUUAAUGAUUUGUAUUUGUUGGUAUUUUUAGUGAAACAAUUCAAUGACUACUGGAAAAAGAAGAACUGUCGAGUUAGUUUAUGUGUUCGGAUUAAAAUAGUACAAAAAAGUGAAGGAGUUGAAUGAAUGAAGAAUGAUUACAGGACGUCUGGAUGGUUGCGUGGUGUCUGCUGAACCAGUGUUUGGCUUGCCAAAGUCUUUUCGUCUAUGCAGCGCUGCUCACAGUUCACUUCCUGCGACCUCUUCACUUUCUGAACAUGUCAAACUCUGAAUGACGAAUGUUCACUUGGACUCUCAAGUUUGCAUUUGUCUCCUGUAGCACUCGCUUUUAUGUUACCUGAUCUAUAUACUACUAACACUACUACUUGUUUUACUUAAUGGUUUUGAAGAGGGUUUCUUUUUUUCUAAUAAUUAGAAAGAUUUUGAACUGUUGUCUUUUAUCUUUUCUCUCUCACAAGGUGGUGAAAAUGUCACCCUUCUCUCCUGUUGGUGCUUUUGCGUAUGACAUACAGUACAGUAUGCAGGUCAGAGCAACAGAGAGGCACAUUCAGCACCUAAACAAAGACAGGCUUAUAUUAAACACUGUCCUACGCAUUAAUAAAUUAAACUUGCAGGUUUCUUAGUUGAUGCAUUCUUCCAAAACCAGUUCAAAACUGGUCAAAUUAACUCAAAGCAACAUAUUUACAUUACAUGUAUUAACAAAUAAUGUGUCAAUCUUACUUAAAUAAUCAGUUUACAAUAUUUUAUGCAACUAUGGCACUUCAGUUCACAAAUCUCCGUUGCAUAGCUCCCAGAAAACAGACCUCGCCUCACAGUCUCACCUCAUUAGACUUUCCUCUGGCUGAAAUAAAAACACACCCGGCGAAGGCAACCCAAGCUGUGGCAAUAUGAAGUCUUGUUAUUCUCCUCUCCAAUGUGCUGUUUCUCUGUUUCUCUGCUCCUCUGACCUCAGUCUUUGCCUACUGUCUAACUGGCGGGCUUUGGCUUUGGCCUUGGCCUGAAACCAUACAAAACAAGAUGUGAAACAGCAUAGCUUAAUGUCUUUAUAUUAUGAGCCAUGAUUUAGCAAAAGCCCAACACCUCACACAGACAGUGUUGCCAGUGUUGUUGCCAGUACCAGUCAUCAGUUGAUUUUUUUUUCUUUCUUUUUUUUUUUACUGCCAUUUUUCAGAUGUGAAUAAUGCAUAGACCUUUUUUAUGCUCUAUGUUCUAGAAACCUGCACAUUGUUCUUUAGCAUCAUGCUUUUCCCAACUUUUGCUGGUGAUCUAUUCUCAUAUUUGUCUCUGUAAUGUCCAGGCCUCCCUGCAGCCUUACAUUUUAAAGUAUGAGUCAUUUUUCUCUGUAGGGCUCAACUAAACUUUCCUGUUCUAACCUCUGGUAAGGUUGCUGCAGUAAAACCUCUAUUGCCUCUCUUCACUUCUUAGAGCUGUUUGCUUCUGUUCUACCUUUUUUUUUUCUUUUUUCUUUUUAAAAAAAAAAUAUAUCUCACAAUUUCUGUUUUACUCAUUUUACAAAACAUGUUCUAACAAGGCCAGUUACAUCAUGAGAUCUGAAAUUAAGUCAUGCUGCUAGAAAAUUAAUGUAAUUUUUGUGUUGUUUCUUUUUUUUGUCAAAGUAAUUUUGAAUCUGUAUCAAAAAAGAGGCAAAUCUUUUUCUAUUAAACCAACAAUAAAGAUGUAAUAUGAAAACAACUCCA